AUGGACGAUCCGCGGUCAGUACCUAAUCGCCAGCCCCCGGUGUUGCCCAACCUUUCCAAAAUGAACAUGCCGUUGCCAUCGCUGGACUGGUCUGACAGCUUGCUACGGUUUGGGACAAGCGGCAGUGGAUUGGCUCCUGUUCAGACUGCUGCCCCAGCUUCUCCCGUGAGACUUUUCAAGCCACCAGCCGAGGCGAUUAAUUAUCCGAUUCACUCGAUUCCCGUGUCAUUUUAUGACCAGAUUCCCCCGGACCAGUUGAGUACUCUUCCCAAGCCUAACUCCAUUAGCAGGCGCAAGUACUCCACAGGAAUAGACGAACGCAACUUCGUCACCGUUUACGAAUUCCAAGUGAAUAACAACUGGAUCAUUUGGGAUUAUCAUACGGGGCUGGUUCACCUAACCGGACUGUGGAAAGCCAUCGGAAAUCACAAGGCUGACAUUGUCAAACUCAUCGAGGCAAGCCCGGAGCUUGCCACCGUGGUGCGCCGUGUUCGAGGUGGUUUCCUGAAAAUUCAGGGGACCUGGGUGCCGUACGAUGUUGCACGGACUCUAGCCACCAAGUUUUGCUAUGCAAUUCGGUUUUCGCUGAUAGCCGUGUUUGGAGAAUCCUUCGUGGCUGACUGUCUUACGCCGCACGACAAGGGUUUUGGACUUCUGAGACUUUAUUUUGACGAGGAUGAGUACAAUGGGGUUGGCAUUGGAAAGGACGGACGUCGUCGCCGGCGGAGGCGCACUUCUGCUCCAAAAGACCCCCGCGAUCCAAAGCCGCCGCGCGGCCAUCGUCAGACGAAGAGUCUUCCAGGGUCGGGUGUUAGUUCUGUGGUGAGCAGGGACUCGCUGUAUGGGUCCUACCGAAUCCCUGCUGAUGAUCCUCUUUCGUCGGAUCUGAGCAGGCCCAAAAUGUUUGGCUCUGACAGAGAGGGUAUUUUUGCUGUUUUACAAGCAGCUAGGCUUCAGGAUCGUCUUCAGCCUCAGAAUCCGGGACCAGUUGACACCUCCACUCUGGAGGCUGCUAGGAGUCUCAUGGGUGUGAGUGCUGGAAAAGCGGUUAAUCGUGUCUCUGACUUGCAAGAAACUCCUCGGUACACUGAAUAUGGUCUGUAUGCUACUAGACAGUUACCUCCAGUUCCAAUCAAUCAGAUGAAUCAGAUGAGUCAGAUGGUUCCAGCAAAGUUUGCGAGUGCUCGUGGCAAGAUGGAUAUCCAUGGUCUCCUGUCGUGA